UCUCACGAUCGUCGUCAUCCCUUUACCUCUUGCGCUGAAAAGUGCUUCUCAACCAGCUCAAGAAAGUCGGAGUGCGCGGGGAGCCAUUUCCGGUUCUCUCUCAAAGAUGUCCUCUUCAACCUCCCAUUCCCGUCAAUCCAAACCCGACGUCAACCUCGCCGAGUGGUAUCCGCAGUUUCAAUCAUGCUACCGCUAUUUCCUCGACCACGCCCAGCACAGCACACCCGUGCAAGCUCUGGCCGCAUACAUGAAUAUCCGACUCCCAUAUCAGAGAUCCCCAGAUCCAGUAAUAUCUUCUGCGUCCGCGAGCCCUAGUCCAACAGGGGCGGCUGGACGAGCGAAACCACCAUCGGGGAACAACGCCGGGCCCGCGCAAGUCGUCUCGUUACUCCCAUACAUCCGACGGUUAGUAGCUACGGGUCACGAUUCGCCCGAGAUCUUACGGGGGUUCUUUGGCGAAGAUUGGGUUGGGGGCAUUGGGUCUUUGCACGAUGUCGAGCGGAGGAAUUAUCUGUUUGCCGCGAAGAGCACCAGCUGGAUGAAGGUCAAGCAGGCCUAUGAUCUGUCGCCGGACGAGAGCUGUCCGUUCUUGACCCCGCUGAGGGAGGCCACGGAGGAUGAGAUCCAGGCCGCGGAGGCCACAUGGAGUGAGUGGCUAGCCAUGCAGGAUUGGAUGCUGGGGCCUCGAUCACCAGAGAUCAUAAAGCGGAAAUCUCGGUGAUGAAUCUGAUGAUAUCUCGGCGUGAUGCUCUGGAAGGGGAGGCUCUCUUGAACUAUGCUUUGGAAUGACGCUCGUCGGUAAAAGACGACGG